UUGCCCAACAAGAUGGCUAACAAUCUAUAUAAUGCUUGGAAAGUGCUUAUCCCGACCCUGGUAGAUCCUCAUCUCAAAUAUUCUACAAGGACACAUGGGUAUGCUCUUCCAGAAGUCCAUCCGGUCAUAUCCGCUUGCGCAAGCCAUACUAGUUGUACACAUCAACAAUUUUCCAUAGUUUGUCUCUUUUUU